AUGCAUACUCAUGGGUCGGGAUCAGGUCUAAUGCCGCCUUUCCUUUCCGUGAAGAAGGUACCGGGAGCCAUGCCCUCGCUUGAACUAUUCUGGCAGUUCCCGUACCCGACGUACGUGGAUUACGUCACAAUUUAUCGCAGCAGGGACAACGCGCCAGCGACAGAGCUCACGUGGAUGCGCGUCGACGACGUGCGCACCACUGGACAAUUCACGUUCGUGACGAGUGGUCUUGGGUCCAUGUAUUCAGUGGCGGUGAAGGUUAACAGUGGGGCAGACGCCGUGUGGUCAAACUUCGAUUCUGUUGUUUUGCCACCUCCACAUCCUCAGCAAAUCCGAGUAGCCAGCGUCACACCGGAGCUCCUCACCGUACACUGGCCCCAUGACACCACGUCAUGCCGUGGCAACUGCAGCUACCUCGUCCGGUACCAACAGACGUCCCCAUACCGUUACAACUCCUACCCAAUCCGGGAGCUUCACAUCACUUGCCCGAAUCUCCUGCCUGCCCAACCCGCUCGCAGUACUAACCCCAGUGCAAUAAGCACCUGCACGGCAUACUUUCGUGAUCUGAUACCCGGUGCUUUAUACGACAUAGACGUCUACGCGUCAAGUUACAAUGUGCUCAGUGUGACAGCUGCGCAGCUACGUCAGAGAAUACCCCCUACUCCUCCCAUGAACGUCACAGUCACAAACGUUACCGAGCAAUCCAUCACCAUAACAUGGCUGCCUGGCCCUGGCUACAGGACACGUUAUCACCUACAUGCUUUUGCGCCGAGUUACAAUGAAGAGGUCGGCCAAGUCCAUGGUGACGUCACAGAAUUUACAUUCCAUAAUCUCCUGGCGGGAACGAGAUACAUCAUCAGUAUUAGGGCAAGUGCAAACUCCUCAGAAGGAGAGAUGGUCCUGGUAGGAGAGACUACUUCACCCACAAGGCCAGGACCGGUGGACCGACUUAGAUUGGAACCCCAGAUUGAUCACCGCCGGAUAAGACUGUCGUUCAUGUCCCCUAUGUGGCAUAAUGGGGUUCUUGAAGGGUAUCAGGUCGAAUAUAUCGGCCAUAGAAGCGGAAAUCGAACUUGUAACAGAGGCGAGAAGUACUUACCUGUUGCCGAGACGUCGGUUAUUAUUGAGGGACUAAAAGGCGGAUGCAACUAUACAUUUACAGUGAAAGCUCGGAAUGAGGUCGGACUCGGCGCAGGUGUAUCAGAUUGGAUUCUAACUGCAGUAACUAUUCCACAGGUCCCGGAUACGAGACCCCCGCCUCCACCGAGCAAGACUAUCAAAUCCAGAAACUUUGUUGUCAACUUUGACCCCUCUAUGUUUGAUGACGUCAAUGGGGAAAUAACUCAUGUCAUAGUCAUCGUUGCUGAAUCAAGUGCCGCUAAUGAGCCCACCCAGAGUAACAGUACUCCACCAAGAAUGCUCACUUGGGCAGAGGCUAUUCCUAAUGAUGUCAUCCCUCCUUAUCAAAUAAGUGAACCUAUAGAUCUGAGUGACCUUGCGCAAGGUACGCGUCGAAAGAGAAGUGUUGCAGACCCAACACAGACUGCUCCUACCACUACACAGAUAUCCAUUGGUACAGAGGAGUGUUCAUAUGACAAUAAGGAUGUGUACUGUAAUGGGCCACUAAUUCAUGGAAGGUCUUAUGUAUAUCGUUUCCGUGGAAUAUCGCCAGGUGGAUAUGCAGACACAAGGAACUCGCUCCCAGUCUCAUUACCUGUUAGUCCACAUGGCGUGAUCAUCGGAAUAAGUACAGCACUAUUUUCCCUGCUCGUCAUCGUAAUCAUCCUCUCUAUCGUCGUCAUUGUCAGGAAGUUCAGAGUUCAGAAAUGUCUGCGAGUUGUCCUCCAAUGCAAGCACAGACUUGACGGUAGAGGUCGCUAUCUCCCAGCAAACAUGAAGGAUGUGGAGUUAACCCGUGUUGCAAAUAAUACUCACACAAUCUCAAAACAAAAACAUUCCAGACCUGUUCGUGUGAGUGACUUUACCCGUGAUUGGUUUAACAUGAAUGCAGAUAGCAACUAUGGUUACUCACAAGAAUAUGAAGCUAUUCGUAAAGUAGGACGGAAGAUGACCACAAACACUGCAGUCUCUCCAGCAAACGUGGGCAAAAAUCGCUACACCAAUAUUCUACCAUAUGAUCGUACAAGGGUGAAACUGAGUCCUGUAGAUGAUGAGGAAGGAUCUGAUUAUGUCAAUGCAAACUAUAUACCAGGUUUCUCUUCCCCGCGUGAAUACAUCGCUUGCCAAGGGCCACUCCCAGGCACCUCGGACGAUAUGUGGAGAAUGAUCUGGGAACAAAAUGUCACCACGGUCGUCAUGGUUACACAACUGGUGGAGAAGGGCAAGGUAAAGUGUGAUCAGUACUGGCCGGAUGACCACAUGCCUGUCCUGUACGGUGAUAUCCAAGUCACGAUGAACCAAACCAUUGAAGAAAAUGAUUGGAAUAUUAAGGAAUUUGCUGUUCAACAGAGAGACCAGCGGCGCUAUGUUCGACACUGGAACUUUCUCUCCUGGCCCGACCAUGGAGUACCGGAGUCAAGCCAAGCUCUUCUAGCCUUCAUCAGGAAGAUCAGAGGCACUAAACCACCCUCUAGUGCUCCCAUAGCGGUUCAUUGUAGUGCUGGUGUAGGACGUACCGGAACCUUCAUAGUCCUAGAUCACAUGCUACAACACAUGGAGCAGUAUGACUUUGUUGAUGUCAUGGGUGUGGUCUGCGGGAUGAGGAUGCAUCGGAACUUCAUGGUCCAAACAGAGCAACAGUACGUGUUCAUUCAUCGGUGUCUGAUGGAUGUGAUAGAGGAGAGAGGCCUAGCACCUGUACCCCUGAUGAGUGGAAGCUUACCCUAAGAGGGGAGCAGAGUCACACCCCUCCAACCCACUUCCCUCUGGUACUCAAAUCAGCUUUUCCGUAGACUCCAUCUCGUGUAGAUGUGAACUCGGACACCCGUGGGGUGAAACUUUUUUUAUAUAUUGUAUGUAAAAUAUAUGUAUUUAAAUAAACAUGACCUUAAAAAGUUCAAAUUAUCACAAUUUUAGCAGAAGGAUAUAAAAUAUCCUUCUCUAUAUUUUGUUCCCUCUUUUAUACUCUUCAUUCUUUCAUUCUUUACAGUUUUUUCUUUUUCUUGAGAAUAGGAUGUUGAGACAAACCCUCAUCUUUAACAUUUUAUGCACUUGUUUUCAUAACAUGCCAUAUUUUGUACUUUAUUUUAUGGAAACAUCAGUCACAGGCCAAAUGCCAUGGAAUCAUGUUACAUUACCGGGAUGAGUUCUAUCUCAAACUUUUGCUGAAUGGUGUAAAUCAUGGUGACACUCAUAUUUGUCAGGCGUAAGCCCAAUUUCAUCUCCACAUGCACCUUGUAAUUUUUUUGAUGAUUUCUACCUAAGAUUUCAUACUCAACAUAAUGGGUCCAGUAGCGUAAUGAGCCAAAAAUUUUGAUAGGGCUCGAUAUGGCGUAUUGCGUAAAAUUAAUAAAAAGUUACGAGCGAGCGAGCAAAAGUUUCAACAGUUUUAUUACAAAAAUCCAAGUGUGUAAUAGAUUUUGACAUAAUAUUCGGAAAAUAACAUAUUUCACCCUUAUCCCUUUCCUUUUUCUCUUCUUUUUCUUGGUCGUGAAAAAUCUGUACGCCAGUGAAUGGAACCCAUACUUUCAAAAUACUUCCAGUCCUAAAUAUCACUAAUACAUGUAUCUUGCCACUCACACAUAUUGCGAGGUUAGUAUUAGUAUACUAACCUCGCACCAUGAACCACGUUUGGCAGUGGAUUUCUAACUAGUGGCUCACGCGUGCUGGGAUCUCACUUCUGGUGUCCACAACACGCGACUUCUAUGGCUUGAUUUUUCUGUGUGCGGCGGCAUGUAAUGAACCCUUGGGUGGUAUCUUGCUUACUUCUUGUUAAAUAAAAUUCAUUUACUGACUGAUACAAUACCAAAUUAUGCAAUUCACCACAUGACUCUUACAGAAAGACUUUGUGAGUUUCUCCUUAGUGAGUUUAUCACUUGUACAUUGUAGUACGUAUCUAAGUCAGAAACUUUUGUACUUUGAGUUGUGUGAUUAGGUGACAUAUGUUUUAUCUGUUUGUAUUGUUUUGUAUUUAUUUGGUGCAAUAUGAUUUAAUAGGGUAUUAUGCACUUCUACACUCUAUGUACAGGUGUACAGGAGGAUGUAAGUUAUUUUGUUAAUGUUAAUUUAUUUUUGUGUGCUUUUGUUCAAAGAUACAGUAGAUUACAAUUUGUCACCAUAGAACUUCAGUGUAUUGAUUUUUUUGUUUGGAGUACAACUUAUUUUGAUGAAUUGCAAUUGUUUACAUUCUGUGGAAUUAUGAUGCAUAUAUCACAUAUUUGAAUGCAAUUUCUGAACUUUUAAAGAAUUUUAUGGCUUUCUUGAAGGAGAAGUUUUAUAUUUGGAAAGAUAGUUCCAACCACUAGAUAAAGAUUCCAUAUUGAAAAACUCACAUUCUGGUUGCAACCACGAAAGUCUAGGCUUCACACUUGAAGGGGGAUGUUGCACAAAAAUGCAGCUACAUGUAUCAAUUGCAAAUUUCUGUUGCACUUUCACAAUCAAUAAAUCAAUUUUAGCUGUAGCAAAUCAAUUUACACACCUUGUGACAAGGAAACAGAUCAGGGGCCCUGUCUUACAAACACUUACGAUUGAUCCAAUCAAACGUAACUCUAUGGAAAUCCAUCAGUGUCAUAAUUUUUUUCUACAGGAAAUUUGCAAAAUGUCCUACAUGUAUGUAAACAAAGGAGAACACACCAAAUAGUCAUGAAAUCAAUGAAUUUAUGGAAAUACAUUCAUAUCUAAUUUUUUUAAAACAAACAUGCAUUUUAGAUGUUGACUUUGAUGGCCUUCCAUAGUUGCAAUUGAUUGGAUCAAUCGUAACUCUUUGUAAGACUGGGCCCAGGGAUCAAUAGCUAAUUUGCAAUUAAUCGCAAGACAUAUGAUUGAUUUGGAGACCCAAAAUAGACUUGCAAUUGAUUGCAAGUUUUGUGCAACACCCCAUUACUCAUAAUUUUGGGUCAUAUGUAUGUUGUGUAUACGUAUUUGCUUGUGCAAUGUAAUCAAAUCUUAUUGUUCACUUUAAUACAUGUAUGGGAUCGCAGUCCACCAAAGAGAAAGAUUGAUUAACCUCCCUUUUCCUACGAUUCUCUCAUUUAUCCUCAUUUUUGUAAAUACGAAAGACAUUCCAAUACGCUUGAUUGACAUUUGCUGCAAUCUUUUGAGUUUUUCCUUUUAGACUAUACUUCUGAUAGACUAAUAGGCCCAUAGUAGUUCGGAAUAUUCAAAGUUUUUCAUAUCAGUCAGUGUUUUUCCUCUUUAAUAGAGUACAGAUGUGAUGACUAUUGAUGUCACAUAAAAACUUUGUUUGCAUUUAAUUGUGUAUUUGAAACGACAAUGCGGUGGAUGCACAAUAUGGUGCGCCAUCUAUCAGUUCCAGCGGACAGGCCAAUUUCUAUGCUUCGGGACGACAUCGCACGCACAGGCAGCGCACAGUGCUAGUGUACUGUAAUGCGAUUUUGAUGCUUCAAAUAUGAAAACCAUACGGCAAAGCGGAGGAAGGAUUCACAGAAAACGGGUCUAAAUUUCGCAAAGAAAUAAGCGGCAAUUUCUCUCCCACCUCCUGGAUCCUGGUUAACAGCAUAAUUUCAUGCAAGGCCACCAUAGCAUAAUCACAUGCAUGCAAUAGCGUGCACAGCAGAAGUCGACUUUUUCCCAUGAGGCAUUGCGAAUCUUGGCCUGUCCGCUGUAACCGAUAGAUGGCGCACCGUAUUGUGAAUCCACUGAAUUAGGUAUUCAAGUGGUCAUACAUAUCUGACAAUGAUGAAAUGAUUCCUACCGAAUCUUGGCUUUGGAUGUUUUGACCACGCUCCUACGAGAUAUAUAAAACAAUAAAAGGCAAAAUCUGUUAUUUUUUUAUCAUAUCACAAUUUGGUAUCAAUUUAUACCCAUUCUUAAUCAAGAGAAAGAAAAAUGUGUGAUUUGUUUUUAAAUGUCACUUAUAGAUGUGACUUUCUAUCCAAAUUUUGUAGCCAGUUAAUUCAUUUUAAUAUAAAAAAAAAGCCUUAACAAAUUUUCAGAAUUUUUGUCAACUUAUUAUUAUCCAACCGUAUGUAUGCCCAAAUGAACUGGGUUGUGUAAAACACGUUUUCAAUUUUUGUAAUGUAAAAACGCUGUUUUCAAAAAGAAAUUUACCAUGUAAGGUAAAAAAAAAUGAUAUUUUACAGAGAUUUUUUCUUUCUUUUUAAUCAGAUUGCAUACUGAGAUAGAAUCUUGUAUCUCAAAAAUGUCAAAUGUUCAAAAUACUAGGAAAAAUCAUGGUGGUCAACGCACCAGAACAUGUGGAAUCGCCUUUCUUUUACUUAUUUGGUGGUUUAAUUUGGGGGCUGAGGGAGGUGGGAUUUUGUCAGAACACCACACAACCUAUUAACUACUUAAUUUUGUAAUUUCCAUAGGCUUUGUACAGAGAUUGUUAAAUUCCAGCAAGUAACGAAUUGAUCACCUUGAAAUGAACCCAGAACCCAAAUCAUGACAUUUUGCCAAAAUUUGAGGUACAAGGUUUUAUCAACAAUUAUUAUAUUUAUUAACCAUUAUCAAAUAUGACCAUAGUUUUAAAUUAUUGGCCAGUGGCUUGCCCUUUAUAGUUUUAAAUAGACCUUAAUAUAUGCUUUGAAUGGUUUUAUUUCUAAGAAAACUGAAAUAAAUUAGGAAUGAAUUUAUAAGGGAUGACAAAGUAAUAUGUAGAAUGGUCAUUGGAAUGCAUUUUAUUUGUUUAUUUCAAUUUUUGUGAACAGUUUGUCUACUUUUGUGAAAUAUUGUUCAGUACUAUAUAUGCAAACAUGCUUUUUAAAAUUUUAAGUUUGUGACUGUACUAUUACAUGUAAAAAUGGGUUUGAAUGAGACUGACAUCCUUGAAAGAAGUUAGCUUGUGUGAAAACAGAAAUAUCAAAGAAUAAGAUCAGUGAAAAUUUUAGAACAGUUAGGCAAACACUUAGAAAGGUUUGAGCAUUUGAAUAUCAAGACCACUAAUACUACGAACAUCCUUCCAUUUACAAUGCAACCAUGAAUUGUUAUGUCACACAUGUACAUGUAAUGUCACACAUGUACAUGUAAUGUCACACAUGUGACAUUGUCACACAUGUAAUUUCACACAUGUAAUGUCACACAUGUGACAUUGUCACACAUGUAAUGUCACACAUGUGACAUUGUCACACAUGUAAUGUGACACAUGUGUCACCUCUCCACUUUUUACACGGAAAAUUAUCCCAAAACAAUCCAUGUUUGCUCAUUCUACUAAAAUUAAAAACUCUUUGUCCAUGGUAUAUUUUCUGAAACUUCUAUUACAAGUCCUCCAAUGAAAAUAACACCAAAUCUACAGCCUUGAUAAAAGUGAGAAUUUAAGUAAGAAAAAUUAUAGGUUUGAAAAUAAAGAGGGAGUUUGCAUACGACUUUGUGACAUAACACACACUACUCACAUUGCUAAUGAGAUGAUCUUGACAUUUAAAAGCCCAUAGCUUUCUUAUUGUUUCUCCAGUUACUGUAGUCUCAGAAUUUCAUUGCUCCUAUUUGAUUUUUUUUUAAUGUUUUGAAACAAGCUAGAGCCUAUUCUCAGAGCUUCAUUCUCCUCUAAGUGAAAACUUACUGUAUAUAAACACAAAUUGUCACAGAAUUCAAUCUUCAGAAAAUAUUGAUGAUUUUUAAUCGAGUUCCAUCAAUUUGACAUCAUUUAGCAAUGCACAAUUUUAUAGUAGUCACGAGAUAUCACAUCACGAUAUAGUGUUUUAGCAAGAACAUGAUAUUUUGAGAAGACAUGAUUAUGAGAUCGAGUGGCAGAUGUAUAUUUUGUCACAAAAAAAGAUUUUAGAAAAAACAAACAAGGAAUGUUCUAAGAUUUGUUGUAUAAAACUGAUUACAAAACAUAAUUCCCUUCGAUAUAAUACAUUAAAACAAUUUAAAUGAUAUGUCUAGACUGUGCAAUGAUUUUCUUUUCUAUCAACAAUCUCUGAAUAAAUUUGAUUCCGAAACAUAAUCGUAUUUAUCAAUCAACCUGUGGGUGUUUCAUACAGCUGUUUGCAAAGUCGCGCUCAACCAGGGUUUCCAGCUUUUCAAGAAAACAAAAUUUCCUCAUUUUUCCCUGAUGAAGUUUAAAAAUUCCCUGAUAAUUACUUAAACCCAUUCCCAGUUUUGCAUGUUUUCUAAGUUGUUGCAGUGAAUUACAUGUAUUUUCAGUAUAAAAACAAUAAUGUAAAACUCAUUAGUACCACCAUAACCAGUCAUUCAAUGGAUGUUGUUUUGGUAUGCAACAAAAUAUAACAGAUUCUGACUGACUACCAUGCUUUCGACUUUAGGGCCGAUCAAAAUUCCCUGAUUUUUCCCUCAUUUGAGGCAUUUUCACUUAUUUUAGGUAUAUUUAAAUCAAAUACCCUGCUUUUUUCCGACUGGAAAAAGGUAAAAUAAUUUUCCCUGAUAAGCUGGGAACCCUGUAAACUCAAUGAACAAAUGGAACCUGUUCUUAGAUGCUAAAUCAGCUACACAGGGAUAUAUCAUAUAUAACAAGAAAGAAUCACCAGUCGUGCCUACUGUCAUUCAAAAUUCACAGCUUUAUGAAAUACUCACAAGGUUAAGUUGAGUGGGUGUUUCAUGAAGUUGUUCAUAAGUUACGAAUGACCUGACUGGUGACCCUUUCUUAUUCCACAUGAUACAACCCAAGUAACUGACCUAGCACCUAAAAACAGGUUCCAGUCAUGCGCUUGCGUAACAUCACAGACAACCUCAUGAAACUUUCUCUGGCCUUGUAAUACACUGAGCCAAUUUUCAUCAUACACCUCUUUUCCCCAGCACAGACAGACAAAUGCAUUCUUUUGUCCAUGGGGGGAAGAGAGAUGUACAUGUGAAAAGAUGCUGAGUUGGAUGACCACUGUAAAGCCAAGAUGUAAACGAAGAAAUCAAGAACAAAACUAAAAUAUAAAAGAUUACAUUUCCAUUUCUUUUCCAAUGAACAAAUAAGAUGCCCAUGAACACUGCUCAAUUCUUUGAGAAACAAACUACUCAACUUAGAAUAAUGAUAAUAGUUUCCGGUUGUACACCAAAUAUCUUGGUUAUAAUAGCUGAGGAAUGAUUAUUGUUUGAAUGAAGCAGACAAAAAAAUUAUCAGUUCUCCCAAAAAUUCACUAAGAACCCCAAAUCUGUUUAUUGUACACGAAAUGUCUGUUCUUCAACAAUGGUUAAUUACAAUUAUUAAGAACAUGGAAAAGAAGUACAAUGUUAAGAAAAUUAAUGAAUAUGUUUACAAACUUGGUCAAAUGUUCACUUUGCACCAUGUUGCUUAAUCGUAACCAGCAUGUAACAACACCUGAACAAUGUUUCAGUGCUCAAAUUUUGUAUCCUGUAAAAUACAGAGAGAAAUUUCAACUCUUGAUUGGUUUAUAUGUGUACUUUAAGAAGGCCAAACUUGCCUUUUUGUGAUUGGUAACCUCAUUAAACUAUCUUGGAACUAAUAGA